CUGUAUUUGAGAUAGAGUCUAGUAUCUGAUCAGUGAUGAAAACUCUCUGUACGACAUUGAUUAUCGUUAGUCUUUUGGCUAACUUCUCAAAAUCAGUACCCCUGAAAAGAGAUGACCGCAGGAGGAUACCUAGUGCUGAAACAAGCUCCAUUCCUUCGGACGUUCAACUCGUAAGCUUCGAGAAUGACCACAACUCUCCGGACAGCUACCAGUUCAACUACGCACUAAGCGAUGAUCAAACACGUGACGAGGUCGGAACGCUCAAGGACGGCAAAGAUGAGGACGGCAACGAUGUGCGCUUCUUCGUAGUUCGAGGGUCAUACUCGUUCACUGGUGACGACGGUCAAACCUACUGGGUGCACUAUACGGCCGACGAGACCGGUUAUCAUCCCCAGGUUGGAACGGGCCCCGAUCCGGGCAAGACAUUCUAAAGGGUGCAUGGAUGGAUUUUGAGUGUUGUUGACCAUUGCAUUAAAAAUAAAAUUUAGGGCCCUAGUCAAAUUGAAGCAGAUGUCAAAGCUGAAAAAUCAUUGUUCUCCGUAAUAAUCGAUUAUUUUGCAAAUGAAACAACCCUGUUUUUUUUCGAUUUGUUAUGUAUUACGGGAAAACUGCUUUUUAAAGUUUUGUCAUUUGCUAAAGUUUUAAAAGGACUUAAAGUGAAUUGUUAGAAAAAUAU